GCUAGUUUCCGAGUUUGUUUCUUUUUGUUUGCUCGCCAACACCCGCAUCAAUCGUUUAAACAGCGUAUGCUACAGAGCCAUGCUGCCGUUGUGAAUAUUGUGGUGCCCAUAGGGGCUUUCGUUUACCAACACCGCGCGACAGGUUUCUUCACGCAUUACGGACCGUCCAGUUGUGUACACGAAAACGAUGGCCACCGCUAGUGACACGAUCAAGCUGGAGAAACAUCUCAAACUGCUGAAGGAAGAAUACACGAAGCUUCAGAAAAAUUACGCCGAGUUAGAGCGUAAAUACAGCAAAGCGGCCGCAUCCAAUGGAGAAAAUGACGCGUCGGGUGAAUUCAGCAGCUUCAUUUCCCGGCUUGCUAUGACUGUCGCGACGCUUUACGGCAGGACGACCUACUCCGAUAUUUCAAUCAAGCUCAAGGACAAAUCGAUGCCAGCGCACAAAUUUGUCCUCAAUGCGCGCAGCGAAGAGUGGCGAGAGGAGGUGAUAGUGGACAAAACGGAACUAGAUUGGUCUGAUAUGGAUGCGGAUGUGGGAUACGCUCUGCUCCGUUGGAUCUACACCGACGUCGUUGACUUGCAGCACGAUUCAUUGGCUCUGGAGCUGCUGAAAACAUCCCAUCGCUUCAAACUGCCGGGACUAAUGGGGCUGUGCGAAAGGGCGCUGGUCUCCUCAGUGUCAGUGCGCUCCUGUGUGCGGUUCUACUGCGUGGCGGAAGAUGUCGGCGCUCGGAAUCUGCUCGAGUAUUGCUCUGGCUUGAUUUCGACGCACUGGGACGAUCUGACGCCGCAGGAUUUCGAGCACAUGUCUGGCCCACUGCUGUACAAAAUGUUAAAGAGUAAAACCAAACAUCCGUUACAUGCUGCCGUGCGGCUGCUGCGCGAAGACGUCGUGUUUCUGUGCCUCGUCGAGAACAACGGUUCGCUCCCAGAAAUCGUCAACAGCCUUUCACCCCAAGGCCAGCUACCGCUGGGCCUAGCCUUGAUGGGUCGGAGCACGGCGAUCGCGCAGACCCUGGUGGAAACGGGCGGUGCCGAUAUGAACGCUUAUACCCUGGAAGGCAACACGCUGCUGAUCGAUGCGAUAAAACGUAGCGAUAGCUUCACAGCCCAGUUUCUGCUCGAGAAGAAAUGCAACGUGGAUCUGGCGACGCGAGACACUUCCGAUACGGCUCUGCACCUUGUCUGUACGUACUCGGAGCGUAGCACCGAUUCGGAAACGCACCGCGACAUGCUUAGUAUCGGCCGCCAAAUCCUCUCCCAGCGAGCCGAUCCGAACAUGCAGAAUAGCAAGGGCUACACCCCGCUGCACGUAGCCAUCAUGUCCCAGCACACAGAAAUGAUCGACGAACUGCUGCAGAGCGAAAGUGUUCCGAGCGUCGACACGAACGUACGUACGAAGGAUGAAAAGUGUGCCUUACAGUUGGCCCUGAUUCCACCGCACACCGACGGGCCACCGUUCGAGCUGGCCCGCCGGUUACUGGAGCGUGGUGCCCGUCCAAAUGUUACCCAUCCGGAGACGGGUGACAGUUUGCUGCAUACGCUGGCGAAGCAGCAGCUCGAGGAAUCGGCCAUCUUUCUCACCGAUCACUGCAAUCUCAGCCACAUUAAUCGAUCAGGCCUAACGGUGCUACACGUAGCCGCAUCGCAAGGAUUAGCCAAUCUGGCCCGUGCCCUACUAGAGAAGGGUGCCCCGCCGAACGUGCAGUCCGGAGUGACCGAACUAAAGUCGGCCCUUCAUUAUGCGGUCGAAGAGAAUCACGCGGCGGUGGUAGAAGCGUUCAUCGAGCAUCGUGAGCACAAUCCCGACACGAUCGAUUUCAACCUAAAGAACGCCUUCGGUGACUCUCCAUUGAGUUUGGCUCUGUGCCUGGGCUAUAAUGAGUUGGUUCCGCUAUUGAUCAAGGGCGGAGCGGAUGUGAAUGCUCGUAAUGGGCAGGAUAUGACGCUGUUACACCAGGCGAUCCUGAAAGAGGAUGCAAAGACGGCCGUCUUUCUGCUCAGUCAGGGAGCAGACAUGAACGCGCUGACCGCCGACCAGGAGUCGCCGCUACAGCUGGCCAUCCACUGCCGGCUGGUCGAGGUGGUGGAUGCGCUGUGCAGUCGGGGCGUAUCGCUGAGUGCCCCCGACAACAAGGGUGACUGUCCACUGUGGAGUGCUCUCGAAUCGGAGCAGCACGAGAUAGCGUCAGUACUGGUCCGUCACGGUGUGGACACCGAUUGUUGGGGCCCGGGGCCGGACGGGUGUCUGCAAACGCUACUGCACCGGGCCAUCGAUGAGAACAAGGAACAGGCGGCCAUAUUUCUCAUCCGCAGCGGUUGCGAUCUCGAUUCGCCCCGUCAACCGGGCCCCCAGGGCCAGGGAGGGGACGAAGCAAAGGACAAAGCGUCCCCGUUGCAUCUGUGCUGUCAGUGGGGACUGCGGAACGUUCUGCAUACGCUGAUCGAACAUGGGCGCUUCGUGAGCGUGAAUGCGAUCGACUGCGACCUCAAGACACCGCUACAUAUUGCGAUCGAAAAUCAGCACGAGGAAAUCAUUGGCAUUCUGCUGUGCCACCCGGGCAUCGAUCUGAAGAUACGGGACAAAUCGGGCAACACACCGUUUGCGGCGGCACUCCAGGUGCGCAACAACAAGGCCGCGAAAAACAUUCUCGAGCGCCUGCCGAAUGCGGCAGAGCAGAUCGAUCAACGUGGACGUAACUUCCUGCACCUGGCGAUCAUGCGGGACGACCUCGAAUCGGUCCUGUUUUUGCUGUCCAUUCAUGUGGACGUAAACUCGCGGGUUCACGACGUCAACCAAACACCGCCGCUACAUCUGGCGGCCGCAUCCGAGAAGGAAAUGCUGAUCCGUAAUCUUAUUCUGGCCGGAGCACGGUUGAAUGAUCGCGAUGCUACGCAGAAAACGGCACUGCACGUCGCAGCCGAACGGGGCACGGUCUGUGCCGUGUCAGCGCUACUUCAGAAUGGUGCCGAUUUCGAUGCCGUCGACGGCGAUGGCAACAACGCACUGCACAUAGCGGUACGCGAGGGGCACAUUGCGGUCGUACGUGAACUGCUCACUGAAUCGGAACUGAACGCGGAGGCCGUCAACAUGAAGGGACGCAAUCCGUUGCACGAGUUAUGCCGUUGCGGGAAGGACAACACGGCGGCCGCUAUUUUGGAGCUGUUUCUCGAAUGUAUGCCAAGGUAUCCGAUCAACAAUCCGGACCUACAGGGCAAUACACCGCUACUGUUGGCGUACAUGCGUGGUCAGGCACAACUUUGCCGUAUUUUGGUCAAGAACGGUGCCUGCCUGGGGGCGGAAAAUCGGGAAGGACUGACGAUAUUCAACUUUAAGCUGGCCACUAACCAGCUGCUGAACCGUUUGUUGGACGAACUGCCACAGGAGUCACCGUGGGCUACGUCCGAGUUGUGCCAAGAAUGUGGCACCAAAUUUUCCAUUACCAUGCGCAAGCACCACUGCCGUCACUGUGGACGUAAUCUUUGCAGCCGUUGUUCGAACAACGACGUGCCCAUCAUCAAGUUUGGCAUCAACAAACCGGUGCGAGUGUGUUCGGUGUGCUUCGAAGUGUUGCAGAUUGGCAGUGGCGGUGUCUGAAGCGAGGAAGCCGAUGUACGAAAUGUGUCCUCUGAAUUUCAUUCCCGAACAAAUCCAAACUUCCCUGCCAACAAGGGGGCCAAACGACAGUCGGCCGGAACUGUGGCAUGUCAAAGAUGACCGGCUUAUCUUCACCCAUCUAUUGGUUCACAAUUUAAUGAACGUUUCGUUACGAUUAUUGGACAGAUUAUUUAUAUACAUGUAA